AUGUCGGGUCAACCCGUGAUCCAGACCCUAACAUUCUGGCUCUCGGAGCACCCAUCCAUCGUCGGCUUCCGCUGGAGCCACGCCCACUCCUGGGGUUCUACGUGGUCCUUCCUCUUCACCGCCAUCGCCGUCUACCUCACCCUCUCCCUCUUCCUCCACUUCUCCCUCCUCGUCGUAAACCGGUCGGGUCGACCCGUCCCGCUCGGGCCCAUACCCGCCGUCCACAGCCUCGCCAUGGCCCUAAUCUCCUUCACCAUCUUCGCCGGCAUCACCCUUUCCUCCGCCGCCGAAAUCCGCGAGACCCGGUGGUUCUGGCGCCGCUCCAAAACUCCUUUCCAGUGGCUCCUAUGCUUCCCGCUGGGGACCCGCCCGUCGGGUCGGGUCUUCUUCUGGUCGUACAUGUACUACCUCUCCAGAUUCCCCCACAUGCUUCGCACAUUCUUCACGAUCCUACGACGUCGUAAGCUCGUCCCUUUCCAGCUCUUCAACCACUCGAUCUUGACCGUGAUAUCGUUCCUGUGGCUGGAGUUCUCUCAGUCGAUCCAGGUUCUGGCGAUACUGUUGACGACGCUCGUGUACUCGGUGGUGUACGGCUAUAGGUUCUGGACGGCGGUGGGUCUGCCGAGCGCCUGCUUCCCGGUCGUCGUGAACUGCCAGAUUGCGCUGCUGGGCUGCAACGUCGCGUGCCACGUCGGCGUUCUGAUGCUACAUUUCAUGAGAGGCGGGUGCAAUGGGAUUGGGGUAUGGGUGUUCAAUUCGGUGUUGAAUGGGGUGAUUCUCUUGGCCUUUUUGAAUUUUUACGUCAGAAUUCAUCUGGGUUUUGAUAAAAAGGGAAGGACCUGCGGCGGCGGUGGCGGCGGCGAGGUUAAAUCUGUGGCUGGUGGCCGGUCUUGUUCUUCUGGGUUGGGAGGGAAGGACAAGGAGGGCAAGGAGCUUUGA